UAAUGAGUAAAGAAAUACAUUCAACAGAGAUCAAAGGGAGAGCAAGUAGAAAACAUUUCCCUAAAUUAGAUUUAAGUGAACUUAAGCCAAAAAUCACAUUUCUUGAUAGUCUAUGUAAAUAUUUCAAAUUCAAAUUAUAGUAAAUAAAAAGUAUCAACUCAAUAAGAAUGUUGAUUAAUAUAGAUUGGGAAAAGUGUAUUUGGAAUCCCAAAAGGAGAGUGUAAUUUUUAGAGUGUUUUAAGAUUCUGAUUUGAAUAUAUCUUCAAUCUUUCAAUAAAAACUUAAUAAAACAACAAUAGAUGAUGAUGCUAUGACUACAUAUUCUUAGAUUUCUUAUGCAAAGAAACAAAAUAAAAAGGAUUUAAUUAGGAGGAUAUAUGAAAAAGAAAAGUGGCCUAAAAGCAAAAAAGAAUGUAUAGAAGAAAUGGAAUAGUCUUUAUUCGGAUCAGAUGAAGAACCUCAAAUCAAUUAUACUUAAUAAUCUAAUCAAGAAAGAAAAUCUGGUCAGUUUAUUUAAUCUUAGUGA